AAGCCCAAAACACACGCGAGUCCAAAGCAUCACAGCACGAGCCGUCGCGGCGUCUCCGGCCGCCGCCGCAGCCGCCGCCGCCGUAGCACAUCUCCCGCUCGCUGGAGUAUGGCUGCUUCGCCGCCUCCGCGGAGCCCUAGCUCCGGCGAUCCGGCUGAGGCCGCCGACCUGGCCGCCUCCGCCGCCGCCGCUCUAGCAUCUCCCGCUCGCGUAUGGAGCUCCCUCCUCGCCCGCCUUCCCUCGCUCUCGGACUACUCCCGCCUCCUCUCCGUAGGCCGCGGCCGCGGCCGCCGACGGCGUCGCGCCGCUCUCCCGCUCCCCAUUCGGCCUGCCGCCGCCCACUCCGCCCGGAUUGCCGGUCAGAUGCCCAAAGCUUUUGACAUCCUACAAGAUGUUGCGCAACACACUCUGUCUAAUUUGCAUGAUAUCCAGAAGAGCUUAAUAUUUUGGCAGUCCAAAGCAGAGGGAACAAGUUCACAGAAACUGUAUUUUAUGAUCUUUGAAAGAGGUCCAAGGGCCUUUGUCGAAGCAGCAUGGCAAACACUGACUAGACUCAAGAGCAAUGGGAGUCCAGUCCCGCACCUUUUGCACUCUGCUUCUGAUAUGGUCUCAACAAAACUUGCUGUCCUGACAAGUAUGCAACACUGCUUGGCUGCUUUUCUUGCUGAGGUUUACUUUGAAGUUGAUAAGUGCAGAAAAGGACUAACAGAAAGUUCAGAUAAAUCGCUACAUACUCUAUUCAUUGUUCUGAAUUCUGUCUUCUCCAAAUUGGAGGUAUCAUUUAGAAAUGCUGUUGAGGGACAAACUCUAUUAUGCACACAUGAUGGGAAGUCGCCUGAACUUAUCUUUGAAAGAUUGCCAGAAGUUGAUGUUGAGAGUUCAGAGUGGACAGAGGUGUUAUCAGCAAAUGCUAUAACAUUGAUCUACCAAAACCUCCAGAAGUUCGAUGAUUUUAUUUCUGAUCAGUUUUCGAACCACAAAAGACCAAGAAAUACGACCAUAUAUUGGUUGCCCUACACAUGUGGAGCAUUGGGCCUCUCUGCAUGUUCUUUAUGGCUUUUGCGCCACAGUAGCUUGAUGGGAAGUUCUGACAUUGACAACUGGAUUCAAGAUGCAAAAGAAUCGAUGGUUGGUUUUUGGGAUGUGCAUGUUGGGCAACCAAUCAUUUCCAUCAGGGAUGAACUUUUUGAGACAUUCAAACAAAGAUCUAAACAUGAAAUGGAAAAACAAGAGGUCCAACAAACUGAAGAAUCAUUGCGCAGGAUGUUGCUUGACUUUUGUGGGAACACUUCAAAUGAAAAACCGCCACAAGAUAUGUCAGAGCUAGCAAUGAUGGAGAUUGUCAUGAAGAGAUAUGAGAAGGAAGCAAUGCAUCCAUUUAAAGGUCUUUCCAGUGGAAAAUUAACAUGUGCAUUGUCUAUUCAGAUUGAGAAGCAUAAACUGGCUCUUCUGGAGGCAAUGCUGGAGCUGGACCAGAUCCUUAGGGCAAAUGAGAUAAACUUUGCUAUUCUUGCAGCACUACCUGCAUUUGGUGUUUCACUUCUGCUGCUCUUUGCAGUUCGAGCAUGGGCUACACAUGGCCGUGGUGCUGAGGGAAGAGGUAGGACUGCACGGCGUCAGCGAAGGCUGCUUCUUGCUGAUGUAGAGAAAAGGCUUAUGGAGUUUCAGAAUUGCAUGGCUAAUGGAAUGGAGGAAGAGGCAUGCUGUAAGUUCGGGUUAACACUGUACACCCUUGAUAGACUAUACAAAGCUGUUGAAUCGCAGGCGAGAGAAACAGGAGAGUGGUCAAGCUUGAGAGAAGACAUGUUUGAUCUGGCAAAGCCUGGUGUGGGCAUGGAAGACAAGCUGGUUCUGCUGUCCCGGCUCAAAGGGAUGUACGACUGCUUACUUCCAUCACCGUCAGGUGUCUUGCCCCGUCUGUAGUCUUCUCAUCUUCCUUUCCUUUCCUUUUCUUCUUUUCUUUUUGGUCACGUGUGACGAUUAGUGAACCCCAAUCUUAGACGACAUGAAUUUGCUUGGCGUUUUAAGAGUCGUCAAAUUUUGAAUUUUUUAUGCCCCGGGUACUUUGAUUGUAGCCCUUUCGGCUCCAUGGAGUGAUGAUGGCUUUUGUGCUGCUGCAAUGUUUGCACCAGAGAUUACUGACUGUAAAUCCAAAAUCUCUUCUAACUGGAUGCUUAAUUCAUGUGCCACACCCAUUUUACAUUUGUUUCU